CCAAUAUAUGAGAGUACAAGUUACUUACUAACCUGUACAGCUACAGUAAACACUACAAUAGUGAAUACACCAGUAACUGCUAGUGUAGUAUGGACUGAUCCAAGUAGUAAUGUAAUACCAACUAAUGAAGCAAGACGUCAAGUGAUACCUCCAACUGGUAACAAUCUUGUAAGCAUGCUAUUGUUUCAACCUAUCGAUACUGGUCUUAAUAAUGAUGGAGGAACAUAUACCUGUCAAAUGAUCAUCAAUUCUGGUAACUCAUUAAUAGCAUCAAGUCAACCUACUGAUACUACCCUCCCUGUUACUGUUGAAAGUCUUCCUCCAAUGACAGUAGAUUUUUCAUCAGUUGGUUCAGUUGAAGUUGGUCAGAGUCUAACUAUAACAUGUACCAUAACAACAGUUGAGAGAUUAGUAGUAACACCAAUGGUUACUUUCAUUAAAAUGAAUGAUACAGAUAUGGAAAUGCUCUCUAGCUUAAAUAGACCAUACAGUAUCACAACAGAUGAUACUGGUUCAGUUACUAACUAUACUCUAAUAUUGGAUCCAGUGAGGUUUGAAGAUGCUGGAAUGUAUACAUGUAUGGCUGAGUUUAAUGUAACUGGUGCGAAUGAUACCAAUGAUCCUAGCACUGCUACUUAUGAUUAUCAAGAGGCUAGUGAUGUCUUUAAUUUAACUGUUGACUUUCCACCAGUGAUUGUUACCAUAUCAAAAGAACGGGAUGAUACAUUAUAUGCAGGGACACCAUUCUUCAUCAAAUGUGACAUAAUGUUAGAUCCAUUAGUUACUAUACCAGUGACUGUCACUAAUCAAUGGACUCACAAUAAUACUAAUGUUCCUAUUGGUUCUGAUACUAUUACUGAGGGUCUCAAUAUGAUUGAUGCAUUAAAUUAUAAUGCAACAUUAAUGUUCUAUCCAUUGGAUAAUGCUAAUGACACUGGAAUGUAUAGUUGUAAUGUUGAAGUGACUGCUCCUAAUAGUUACAUGUAUCUCAGGAAUACAUCAGCUAGUGCUAAUAUUUCCAUUACAGUUGUUGCUACUCCAGUGCCAGUAGUAGAGAUAAUAUCUAUGGGUAUUGCUGAACCUGGUGAAGAAUACAUGUUAAAUUGUACAGUGACAGUUGUUGAUAGACUCAUAGUCUCACCAGUGAUAACAUGGACUAAGAGAUCAGCUAACAAUGCUAUUAGUGUACCUCCAGUUUUUAUGACUGUAUCUAAUGUAAUGAGUUCUCUUUAUUUGAACUUCUCUUCUCUCAAUACUUCCGAUGCUGGUCUGUAUACUUGUGAAGCCUCCAUUAAUGUUAGUCAGAUAUCCAUGGUAGCAAGGAAUAAUGACACAUCAAACUUGCCCUUAGAAAUUCCUAUUCCAUCUGUUGGUGUGAGUCGAUCAAAAAAGAAUUAUUUCUUUGCUGGCAGUAACCUGAUACUAAUAUGUGAUAUCAGUGUUGAUCCUAACAUUGAUACACCAUUCAUUGUUAAUGUAACCUGGAACAUGACUGAUCAACCAAUCAUGAGUAGUGGGGAUUUUGCUACUGAUCCUAAUUCAAUGGUGCUUGCUGAUACAGAUCGUGUUAAUAUCAGCUCUGUUAUGAUGAGAUCAGGUUUCAAUGAGUAUAGAUCAAUUGUUAAUUUCACUACAUUGAGCAGUACUGAGGAUUCAGGAACAUAUACAUGUAUUGUUACUAUAGUACCAGCUCCAGCUUAUAAAUAUGUUACGACUUCCGACACUAAUUAUAUGAAUGUUAACUUAACGGUUACUGAUCCAGUGAUUGGAGAAUUUUCUACUUCUCCCAAUUCAUUUCUGGGUCUGGAGACAUCAUGUCCUGAUUCAGACCCAUAUGAUAACUUUACUCUUACCUGUACAGCGACUAAACCAACCAUAGUAAUACCAAACCUGGUAAUAGCAUGGACACAUAAUGGUACAAUAGAAACUGGUACUGUGACUACUACUGGAGAGAAUAUGAUUACCACUGUUACUAAUACAUUGAGUUUUACUACCAGUACUGCUUCUGAUUCUGGUACUUAUAGAUGUACUGCUAGUAUUACUAUACCUGAUUCAACUGAUAUUGCUACUAGUGAGGAAAGUAUUGUGGCUAUAAGAUGUAAGUGCCUAUAA